GCAACCGAAGGAUCAGGAGCUCGGAUUAUUCCUCUGAUUUUCACACGCUGACUUUCACUUUGGAUGGAGUGAGCUCGAUCGGGGAUGGAAGGCGGCAAGAAGCAGCAGCACCACCACCACCACUUCGUCCUGAUCCACGGCGUGUGUCACGGCGCGUGGUCCUGGUACAGGGUGUCCACCGCCCUGGAGGCCGCCGGCCACCGCGUCACCGCGCCGGACAUGGCCGGGUGCGGCGAGGAGGUGGCGUCCUUCGAGGAGUACAGCCGGCCGCUGCUGGACGCGGUGGCGGCGCUGCCGGAGGGCGAGCAGGCGGUCCUCGUCGCCCACAGCUUCGGCGGGCAGAGCCUCGCGCUGGCCAUGGAGAGGCACCCGGAAAAGGUCUCCGUGGCCGUGUUCGUCACGGCCACCAUGCCCGCCGCCGGGAAGCCCAUGACCUACGCCUUCAACCAGCUAUCGCAAGGGAAAGGGCCGGAUUUCUUCAUGGAUUGCGCGCUCGGAAGCGCCGGCGAUCCCCGGAAUCCGGACAAGACGUUCCUGUUCGGGCCAAAGUACAUGGCGCGGAGAGUGUAUCAGCUGAGCCCUCCUGAGGAUCUGACCCUGGGAAUCGCGAUGGUGAGGCCGUCACGGCGGUUCCUAAACGACGACACGAUGAACGGGGACGUCCUGACGCCGGCGAGGUACGGAGCGGUGAGGCGUGUGUACGUCGUGGCCGAGGACGACGAGUGGAAGCCGGCGGAGAUGCAGCGGCUGAUGGCCUCGUGGAACCCCGGCACUGAGGUCAUGGGACUGCAGGGAGCUGAUCAUAUGCCCAUGUUCUCAAAGCCGAGGGAGCUCUCAGAAUUACUCAUGGUCAUUGCCAACAAGUACCCAGGAAGCUGAGUUGGUUAGAUGGCUUCAGUGGAAGCGAAUUUCAUAAUGAGGUUAAAAAUAAUUCCUAGGUUGUUGGUUGAUGUGUAUUGGAUAACAUUAGGCCUUGAUUGAUCUCAAUUUUGGCCGAUUUGGUGCGAAAUGUUCAAGUUAAGUCCCUAAUUACACAUUUAUUAGUGCCACUUGUGAUCAAUUAGUCCUAAUUGUUGUUGUUGUUAUUAAUCUGGUCUAAUUUGCAUCAAUUUCUAUUAAA